AUGCUGCCCACGCUCCGCCGGCUCCGGGUCGUGCCGCUCCCAUCCCACCCACCCUGCGCAGUCACGUUCCAGCCCGUGUGGGGCUGCAGGAGCGCCGCUGCUCCUCAAUCCCCGCUGCUCCCUCCCCAGUCCCCGCUGCUCCCUCCCCAAUGCCCGCUGCUCCCCAAUGCCCGCUGCUCCCUCCCCAAUGCCCGCUGCUCCCCAAUGCCCGCUGCUCCUCAAUCCCCGCUGCUCCCCAAUGCCCGCUGCUCCCCAAUCCCCGCUGCUCCCUCCCCAGUCCCCGCUGCUCCCUCCCCAAUGCCCGCUGCUCCCCAAUGCCCGCUGCUCCCCAAUGCCCGCUGCUCCCUCCCCAAUGCCCGCUGCUCCCCAAUGCCCGCUGCUCCUCAAUCCCCGCUGCUCCCUCCCCAAUGCCCGCUGCUCCUCAAUGCCCGCUGCUCCUCAAUGCCCGCUGCUCCCCAAUGCCCGCUGCUCCCUCCCCAGUCCCCGCUGCUCCCUCCCCAAUGCCCGCUGCUCCUCAAUCCCCGGUGCUCCCUCCCCAAUGCCCGCUGCUCCUCAAUCCCCGCUGCUCCCCAAUGCCCGCUGCUCCCCAAUGCCCGCUGCUCCCCAAUCCCCGCUGCUCCCUCCCCAAUGCCCGCUGCUCCCCAAUCCCCGCUGCUCCCUCCCCAAUGCCCGCUGCUCCUCAAUGCCCGCUGCUCCCCAAUGCCCGCUGCUCCUCAAUCCCCGCUGCUCCCCAAUGCCCGCUGCUCCCCAAUGCCCGCUGCUCCUCAAUCCCCGCUGCUCCCCAAUGCCCGCUGCUCCCCAAUGCCCGCUGCUCCUCAAUGCCCGCUGCUCCCCAAUGUGCUCCCUCCCCAAUGCCCGCUGCUCCCCAAUGCCCGCUGCUCCCCAAUGCCCGCUGCUCCCUCCCCAAUGCCCGCUGCUCCUCAAUGCCCGCUGCUCCUCAAUCCCCGCUGCUCCCCAAUGCCCGCUGCUCCCCAAUGCCCGCUGCUCCUCAAUGCCCGCUGCUCCUCAAUCCCCGCUGCUCCCCAAUGCCCGCUGCUCCCCAAUGCCCGCUGCUCCCUCCCCAAUGCCCGCUGCUCCCCAAUGCCCGCUGCUCCUCAAUCCCCGCUGCUCCCCAAUGCCCGCUGCUCCCCAAUGCCCGCUGCUCCCUCCCCAAUGCCCGCUGCUCCCCAAUGCCCGCUGCUCCUCAAUCCCCGCUGCUCCCCAAUGCCCGCUGCUCCCCAAUCCCCGCUGCUCCCUCCCCAAUGCCCGCUGCUCCCCAAUGCCCGCUGCUCCUCAAUCCCCGCUGCUCCCCAAUGCCCGCUGCUCCCCAAUGCCCGCUGCUCCCUCCCCAAUGCCCGCUGCUCCUCAAUGCCCGCUGCUCCCCAAUGCCCGCUGCUCCCCAAUGCCCGCUGCUCCUCAAUCCCCGCUGCUCCCCAAUGCCCGCUGCUCCUCAAUCCCCGCUGCUCCCCAAUGCCCGCUGCUCCCUCCCCAAUGCCCGCUGCUCCCCAAUGCCCGCUGCUCCCCAAUCCCCGCUGCUCCCUCCCCAAUGCCCGCUGCUCCCCAAUCCCCGCUGCUCCCCAAUGCCCGCUGCUCCCCAAUCCCCGCGGCCCGGGAGCCUCCCGGGGGUGGGGCAGGGCCAGCCCGGCCCCGGGGGGGUGA